GCUCGUAGUAGUUUUGGUGGUGAGUUCACGGGAGGAUCAGUAUUUACCGGCCGGCAGAGGAGUCAGUCCAGUGUUGUCAUUGCGUCUCAGGUCAAGUUGGAUUAAAAGAGUCCGGAUCUAAAUCUGAGUCUUCAUCUUAAUCUCCUCCUGCAAACCAUCAUGGACGUUUUCCUGAACACACGUGAAAUGCAAGGACUGAAAACUCUGCUGUUUGUGUACCUCCUCGUCGUGAAGGCAGCAGCUGUGUGUCCGAAACCUGAAGGAGAGGGAAAUCUGGUCUUAACCACUGAAGCUCUCCUAAUGAAUGAUUUUCCAGAGGAAACUCAAGUCACAUUAGAGUGUGGUAAUGGGUUUCAGACAGACACCGGCUCUGGAGUCAUUACCUGCAUUGAUGGAAAGUGGACCAAACCAGAUCUCACCUGUAAAAAGACAGACUGUGGUCCCCCUCGGCCUGAGCCAAAUAUGAGCUUUGAUUUGACUGCUGGGACCCUGUUUGGAGCUAUAAUAAAAGCAGUUUGUGAUAAAGGUUACCGGCUUAGUGGUUCAAGCUUCAAACAGUGCUACGCCCCAGGGUGGAGUGGAAAAGCCAAGUGUAAUAUUGUAACCUGUAUGAUACCUAAUGAAGUGAUCAAUGGCAGACACUUAUGGGAUUCUCAAGACAAACCAAAAUAUGGAGACCCCGUUCAUUACGUGUGUGAUGCAGGAUUCAGUCUCAUCGGGAAGGUCAGCAUAACGUGCACUGAAACCGGUCAAUACGACUCUGAUCCGCCUGAGUGCCAAGGUGUUGCAGCAGAAGAGACAAUUACAACAAAAAUGGUAACUCCAUCACCUGCAACUCCAGCACAAGGUGGCGGAAAUAUUGUCACAACAGUUGCACCUCCAAAAGUCACAGUACACAGAGAAACAACUGUUACAAGUGCAACAGGAACUGUCCCGCCUAGACUACAAGGUGACAGAGGCAUUAUGACAGCUGAGGAAACAGUUGCUCCAUCCACAGUAACGCCAACGACUUCAUUACAAGAUCAGCAAGAUGACACUUUAAAUAACAACGUUAUCGGAUAUGUUAUAGCUGGAGUGGGAGCCAUUUUAUUAGCAGUGGGUUCAGUUAUUCUCUUACAUAAGUGUCUAAUGAAGAAAAAAGGCUCAUAUGACACCAGAGAGGACCUGAAGCCGGAGUUAUUACAGUUCCAAAAUCUUUAGAUUGCCUGCUUCACCAAGCUCUGUUAAUGUGACGGCGCCUAUCUGAUGAAGAGCAUCUGUGAAGUGGGGCAGACGUGCUGAGAGAUUGUGGCGGUGCCUCUCGGAGUCCACGGGGGGAAAAAACUUACUCUGCUUUAUUGCACUUCAGAGCAGCAGGUAUUAAAACCUGCUGAGUCACAGAUUUAUAAUUUAAAACAACUUCCAAUGAUCAAAAGCACUUUUGUAUGAUUUAUAUUUUUAUUGCCACUAUUGUAAAUAUGUUGUUGCCACUUUAGUGUGAAUUUUUCGUAAGUUAUUUAUAUUGUAAACUGGAAUUAACCUUUGUCCUUGUAUUAUGAAGUAUUGCAGAAACUAUUUAAACAUUUUAGUUGGGAGUUUUGUAUAAAUCCUGAAGUAUUAUGUUAUUACAGAGUUAUUUUGUCGUGAAAAAGGGAUACAAAAAGCAAAACAAUGUGGUCAAUUCAGUUUGGAGACUGUAAUGGCGUCUGAUAAAGAUACAAUCAGCUGCA